AAUACAUUUUUAAUGAUUCGAGAUCUGAGCAAGAUGUACCCCCCGGCACGGCAUCCGGUCCCCCACCAGCCGGGACAGCCGUUCAAGUUCACUGUCACCGAGUCCUGCGACCGGAUCAAGGAGGAGUUCCAGUUCCUGCAAGCUCAGUAUCACAGUCUGAAAUUGGAGUGUGAGAAACUGGCCAGUGAGAAAACUGAGAUGCAGAGACACUAUGUCAUGUACUAUGAAAUGUCAUACGGACUCAACAUCGAGAUGCACAAGCAGGCGGAGAUCGUCAAACGGCUGAACGCAAUCUGCGCCCAAGUCAUCCCGUUCCUCUCUCAAGAGCACCAGCAGCAGGUGGUGCAGGCGGUGGAGAGGGCCAAGCAGGUCACCAUGGCUGAACUCAACGCCAUCAUAGGACAGCAGCAGCUUCAGGCUCAGCACCUCUCCCACGGUCACGCCAUCCCCGUCCCGCUCACGCCCCACCCAGCUGGCCUCCAGCCCCCCUUGCCACCGGGGGCCGGAACUGCUAGCCUGCUGACGCUCUCCUCCGCCCUCAGUCACCAGCUGCCGCUCAAAGACGAGAGGAAACACCACGAUAACAACAAGAGAGAGAGAGAGAGGGCCUCAAGCUCAUCUGUUUCUCCUUCGGCCAGUUUCCGGGCUGGAGAGAAGCACCGGAGUUCAAGCGAUUACUCCUCCGACAGCAAGAAACAGAAGACAGACGAUAAAGAGUUGGCCUCGACACGCUACGAAAGCGAUGGAGAGAAAAGCGAUGACAACUUGGUAGUGGAUGUCUCCAAUGAGGAUCCAGUGUCUCCACGAGGAAGUCCUGCCCACUCUCCUCGGGAGAACGGAUUGGACAAAAGUCGGCUGUUGAAGAAGGAUGCUCCCCUGAGCCCUUCCUCCAUCGCCUCCUCCAGCAGCACACCUUCAUCCAAGUCCAAAGAGAUUAAUUUGAAUGAGAAGUCCACAACACCUGUGUCCAAGUCCAGCACCCCCACAUCCCGCUCUGACGCCCCAACACCCAGCAGCACCUCCACCCCGGGCCUGAGGUCUGCACCUGGUAAACCGACAGGUGUGGAGACACUGGGUGUUGUAGCACCUGGGCUUCGUACGCCACUGGCAGUGCCCUGCUCGUACCCCGGGCCGUUCGGCAUGGUUCCUCACCCGGGUAUGAACGGAGAGCUGAGUGGAGCGGGUGCAGCCUACACCGGCCUGCACAACAUCUCCCCGCAGAUGAGCGCGGUGGCUGCUGCUGCAGUGGCAGCUUACGGACGAACACAAGUGGUACGCAUCCUUUCUAUAUAUGUGGGAUUUGAUCCCCACCACCACAUACGUGUCCCUGGCCUUCCGCCCAACCUGUCGGGCAUUCCUGGUGGAAAACCAGCCUACUCCUUUCAUGUGAGUGCUGAUGGACAAAUGCAGCCUGUGCCUUUUCCUCCGGAUGCGCUGAUCGGCCCUGGCAUCCCGCGCCACGCACGACAGAUCAAUACUCUUAGCCACGGGGAGGUGGUGUGUGCUGUCACCAUCAGUAACCCGACGCGUCAUGUCUACACCGGCGGCAAGGGUUGCGUCAAGGUGUGGGACAUCAGUCACCCGGGCAACAAGACCCCUGUAUCCCAGCUGGACUGCCUUAACAGAGACAACUACAUCCGCUCCUGUCGACUGCUUCCUGACGGGCGGACUCUGAUUGUCGGGGGCGAGGCGAGUACUUUGUCAAUCUGGGAUCUGGCCACACCAACUCCACGGAUAAAAGCCGAACUAACUUCGUCAGCACCUGCGUGUUACGCUCUGGCCAUCAGCCCCGACUCAAAGGUCUGCUUUUCCUGCUGCUCCGACGGAAACAUCGCUGUCUGGGAUCUUCACAACCAGACUCUGGUUAGGCAGUUCCAGGGCCACACUGAUGGGGCCAGCUGUAUAGACAUUUCUAAUGAUGGGACCAAGCUGUGGACUGGAGGCCUGGAUAACACCGUCCGGUCCUGGGACCUGAGAGAGGGACGGCAGCUGCAACAGCAUGACUUCACUUCCCAGAUCUUCUCACUGGGAUACUGUCCAACGGGCGAGUGGCUGGCAGUAGGGAUGGAGAACAGUAACGUGGAGGUCCUACAUGUCACCAAACCUGACAAGUACCAACUCCACCUGCAUGAAAGCUGCGUGCUCUCGCUCAGAUUUGCUCACUGUGGGAAGUGGUUUGUGAGCACAGGAAAAGACAAUCUGCUCAACGCAUGGAGAACCCCAUAUGGAGCCAGCAUAUUCCAGUCAAAGGAGUCGUCCUCAGUGCUGAGCUGCGACAUCUCCAUAGAUGAUAAGUACAUUGUAACGGGCUCUGGAGAUAAGAAAGCGACAGUCUACGAGGUCAUCUACUAG